AUGUUUGUGAGCCAACUAGCCCGGCCGCUAGCAUGGCUGGCUUUGGCAACCGUGAUAGUGGCUGCCGACUCUUCUAGAAGUGCAACUGCUACUCAUGCAGAUUCAUCAUCGACGGUAACCUCAACAACUUCCUCCUCGACCGGUAUCACGACCCAUACAGUCAAGGUGGGGGCGAAAUCAGAUCCACACCAGUUUGAUCCAGCGAGUAUAACGGCCAAUGUUGGCGACAUUGUCGUUUUUGAAUUCUACCCAACGAACCAUUCUGUCGUCAAGGCAGAUUAUGACGCCCCUUGUCAACCAGCAGAUGGAGAAAUCUUUUAUUCUGGAGCCUUCGCGGAUUUUAAUCUGCAAGAUGGACAAAUGGUCGGACCGGCCCCGACCUGGUCUUUGCGAGUCAAUAGUACCGAGCCCACAUUCUACUACUGCACUGCAAUUGACUCAUGCAUAAAGAAUGGAAUGGUCGGAGUAAUCAACCCGAACAAAACCCAGACAUGGCAAUCGCAAUAUGACAAAGCUCUGAAAUACCCUUACAUGCUAGUCCCAGGUCAGCCUGCACCCGCAGAAGGCAGCACUGGAGGUAGCGGCUCCAGCGACAACAAAAACGGGGACGACAAAAGCAGCGACGAAAAGCAUGGGCUCAGCACGGGGGCCAUUGCCGGUAUCGCCGUGGCAGCUGUCGCCUUCGUAGGCAUAUUGGUGGCACUAUUCUUCGUCCUCGGCCGUAACCGCGUUUACUCGCAGUGGAUGUCCUCGCAGGAUGGGCGCACAGAGCGUACUGCACGCUGGGCAAUGUUCAAUCACGGCGACGGUGGAAAAAGCGAAGCGGGAAGCGCUGUCCCUACCCAAAAAUCAGGCCAUAUCGACAUGACGGCCGUCUCGAGUCCGGAUCCGACUGUACGUGCAGUAUCACCUGGGUUGGGAGUUUACUCGGGUCCUGGUUCGCCGUCGACGCAGCAGGGUCACUGGAGCUGGAAUGAGCCUCAGCCACGUGCCCGUACAAGCGCGAUUGCAACAGAGCUUGAGGGUCAUCCGAUCAUCUGGGAAGCACCAGGAAGUAUCCCCGGGCAACGGCCCUGA